AUGCUGACACCCGCCCAGAUCUUUUCGGGUAUUUUCAGUGGUUUUAUCACGUUCAUGAAUGAAACGAUGGCAGCUUUGCCACGGAAGUCCUUUGGUGUCCAAGCGUCAUCAUCCUCUACUGGCUCCGGCUUACGCCAACUGGCCGAAGAUACUCCGACCAAUGAGGUCGACAUGGUUGCUCCGCCCCCGGUCAGCAAUAAGCGUGCACAAGCCCCGUCCUAUUCUGCCUCGUCGCUUGGCCCGGACCUUUGCCUCGCCGCGGCUAUCUCGAGGAAACAGCCCAAUUUGCUGGAUUCCAUCUUCUGA